GGGCAAUCCAUUCGCCGCUAGGAUACUUGAUUCAAUCGCCAAAUGUACAAGACAUAGCCAGUCGAAUGCACACGUUACAUCACGGAAAACCCGGCUGGAGUACGUGGGAGGACAUUUAUAGCUCAAAACCACACCUGCAACCGCAAGCCCAAGAAUCACAAUCAACAUCCCUCAUUUCCUUUUCCUUUUCACUCAAUUCAUUCCUGCGGCCUGCCAUGGGCUACAAAGCUGCCAUUACUCUGGGGUUGCUCCCCAAACUGCUCUCUGCUAGCGUUGUCUGCAGCUUCUCCAUGGCAGCCAGUGAAGGCGAUACUUGCGAGUCCUUCGCUACGUCCUGGGGCCAGACCGUUGAAAUGUUCCAAGAGCUCAAUCCCGGUGUUUCAUGCCCAACUCUGACUGCUGGCCAGAGCUAUUGUAUCAUUGGCACUGUCACAGAUGACCCAGUGACCACGAGCACAGCGACUUCUACGACGCUGAAGACCACAACAACCGCGACAACCACGACCUCCUCCAACCAGCAUGAGCCAACCCAGCCUGGUUUGCCAUCUAACUGCGACAAAUUCCAUCUCGUCGCAUCCGGUGACCAGUGUGACAUAAUUGCGGCCGAGUACGGCAUCUCGGAAGCUCAGUUCAAGGACUGGAAUCCCAGCAUUGACAGCAGUAUGCCUUCCCCCCUUUAUAUUUUUUUUUUUCUUCGCGUAUGUCACCCAGUGCUAAUUCGUUUCUAUUAGACUGCUCCAACCUCUGGCUGGACUACUAUGUCUGCGUGCAUGUCCCAGGAGCCACGACAACAACGAGCUCGACGCCUGAGCCGACGUCCACGUUGCCUCAGCCGCAGAUGCCGGGGAUCGUGAGCAACUGCAAGACCUUUUACAAGGUCAAACCCGGGGAUGAUUGUUUCUCGAUUGAGACGGCAGCGGGCAUCACCCUUGCUGAGUUCCGCUCGUGGAAUACGCAGAUUGAUGCGAGUUGCUCGAACUUGUGGGUGGACUACUAUGUAUGCACUGGCGUUUAGUCUUCUCACUGUUCAGAGCGACCCCGGGGAUAUCGUAGUACGUGGAUGAGAUCUCGACGUACAUACCGGAUCCCGAGUAUCUGAUUGACCUAUUUUUGAUGUUCCCGUAUGCUCCUGGUAUCUAGAGUGUGUGGCAAUAUAUGUAAAGUAAUAGAUUAAAA